AAAAAACAGACCAACAAAGGCACACGUGCAUUCGCUUUCGCUCGCCUUUGAGGUACAUGACCGCCACGUACAUGACCUUGACUCCAGCAGCAGGUUAGACUCACAUAGACCACCUACAAACGUGAACCCUAAGCGGCCCUCAGCGUGCUUUCCGGAAUCUAGAGGAUUUGAUCUUAACCAAUCUACUUGUCUUACAUUGCAUUUGGCCUCCUCCAGUCCUUCUGCAUAUCUGAAAUUGCUGGGAAACCUCCCCGUUGCAUUUGUACACCCACCAGUCACCUGCACUUUUAGUGUCAUUUCGUUCUGCAUUUAGCCGCAGGCGCGAACACAUAACGCUACGUGUAGUCAUCGCAUCGCAAGACGCAGAGCCCACUUUACAGAUUAACACAGCUUCUGCAAAUUGCCACAGCGCUGAAUAUUAUCCUGUAGUACAAUGCAGUAUCGGGACGAGCCUUACGGGAGCGACAGCCAGUGUUAACACAUCAGCGAUGCUCAAUCGCGGUUCGCUUUGGCGCACUGCCGAUUCGACCCUCCUCAUGUUGACAGCUGCAUCAGUUUUGUUUUGGUUUCAUUCGCCGUUCAUAAAUGGUUCUAUCAUGUCGGGUGUAUUUAUGUUCGAAUUUGUGACCUAGUCGGGUCAAAGUUAAUUGUGAUCUUUCAGUAUGCGAACAAAAGGCAUCUUAUUAGCCCGAUGCAAACUACAUAAAAUCGUUAAAAUGACCACUGUGCGAAGAAAUCUGCCUACGGUUCACGCUUUGCUUGUGAAUCGGCCCCGUCAGCGGAUUGUCGGCUUGUCGCUUGCCACUUAUAGAAGGCUCCACCUGGAGAUACGCGCCGCUGAACAAGUUCUAAACCGAAGUUUUCCUACGGCCACGGUCAUUUCGUCACGGCUGCUUCGACAGGUUCAUAGCUAUAGCUGGCAACAGUCGCCUAACGAUGAAAGCGUCAACAGGAGCGGAGGCGGUGAUGAAGCCAAUAAGAAAAACGCGUCAAGAAGCACCGGAAGUGAAAAGGAAAAUAACCCGAACGGUGAUAAAGACGAUGACGACCAAAAUCGAUUACGAAGGAUCGCCGUAACUAUGGUGAUGAUCUCGCUGGCCUUGACACUUGUACUCCCGAUACUUAUGCGCACCAACAAUGUCGAUGACAUGGGUUACGUUGCUUGGAAUGACUUUUAUCAUAACAUGUUAGCAAAAGGCGAGGUCGAAGAAGUGGUCGUCCUUCCAGAUCUCGAGUUAGCCCUCAUUUAUUUGCACAGAGGAGCUAUAAUUAAGGGUCAGCCUACCGGACGUCGCGUUUAUCAGAUGAAGAUUGUUGACCUAGAGCAAUUCGAAUCGAGAAUUCGCCAAGCUGAGCGCCAGUUAGGUGUAACUCCCGGAUCUGUACCGGUAAAAUAUGAUAGGCAAAAUCCGAUAUUCAACUGGAUUAUUAUCCUCGGGGUGAUCUACUUCAUUAUUAGGGCCCUUCGAAAGGCUGGUGGUGGCAAAGGUGGUAAAAUGAGCCCAUUCGACAUGUUUGGUCAAAUGGGCCGUGUGCAGUUUACCGUUGUUGACCAUUCUAUUAACUCGACGAAGCCCAAGGUGCGGUUUUCCGAUGUUGCGGGCUGCCACGGUGCUAAGCAGGAGCUCGCCGAAUUUAUUGACUAUCUGCAAGAUUCUUCCAAAUACAAGAAGCUUGGAGCAACUAUGCCGAAGGGUGUCCUUCUCCUAGGACCGCCUGGCACUGGAAAGACGAUGCUGGCCAAAGCGGUCGCCGCCGAAGCCAAAGUGCCAUUUCUCGCCAUGGCCGGCUCCGAGUUCAUCGAGAUGGUGGGCGGACUUGGUGCCGCUAGAGUGCGAAACCUGUUCAAAGAAGCGCGGAAAAGGUCACCGUGUAUUAUUUACAUUGAUGAAAUUGACGCCGUCGGCCGAAAACGUCAUAACAGCAAAGAAGGGGCUGGGGGCGAAAGCGAGCAGACACUGAAUCAGCUUCUUGUGGAAAUGGACGGAAUGGCUACAAAAGAAGGUGUCUUAAUGCUUGCGUCGACAAAUCGUGCCGACAUUCUUGAUAAGGCUCUCCUCCGUCCCGGCAGGUUCGAUCGGCACAUCGUAAUCGAUCUGCCCAACCUAGCUGAACGAAUUGAAAUCUACGAGAAACACCUUGGUGAUAUCGUACUCGACAGUCAUCCGAGUGUCUACUCGAAGCGGCUUGCCGAACUAACGCCAGGCUUUAGCGGAGCUGAUAUUGCUAACGUUUGUAACGAGGCCGCACUUCACGCUGCUCGGGAAAAGAAACGCUCUGUUGGAUCGGGCGACAUUGAGUACGCCGUUGAGCGGGUCGUUGGAGGAACUGAAAAGAAAACCCAUGCCAUGUCACCGGAAGAGCGUCAGCGGGUCGCUGUUCAUGAAUGCGGGCACGCACUUGUCGCCUGGCUUAUGGAGCAAACGGACGCUCUGUUGAAGAUCUCCAUCGUUCCCCGGACCAAGGGAGCACUUGGUAUGGCUCGCUACGUUCCAUCGGAGCAAUAUCUAUACACUACCGAACAGCUAUUCCAAAAGAUAUGCAUGGCUCUAGGAGGUCGCGCAGCUGAAGUCAUUGUGUACGGACAACCUUCGACUGGUGCUCAAGAUGACCUCAAGAAGGUCACUGAUAUUGCCAAGGCCAUCGUGGAGCAGUACGGCAUGGACAAUACAAUUGGUCCUUUGUCGUAUACUGAACGAAAACCCUAUUCGAAAAAACUUGCUAACAAUAUGGAUCACAGAAUAUGGCAACUGGUGCAGCAUGCUUAUAAUACGACGAUUGAGCUAAUUCGAAAAAACAGCGACAAGCUGAAACUGCUGUCGGAAGAGCUAGUUAAAAAGGAGGUCAUGGACUACAAGGAUGUCGAAGCUAUUCUGGGCCCACGACCCCAUGGCCAAAAACCACCAUAUGCCGCGGAUAGUAAAUCAUAAGCCAUAACGUUGGUUUUCGUCUUGUGUGCAGAAUUAGUCGUAGAGCGACUGUAGUUGAUUUUAAUAAACACUUAGAUAAUAUAUUUA